AUGGAGCAAACCCAAGCACCCGAGACCAGAGAGGCUAGACCUCGCCGCAUCCGCCUUCACCACCCUGGCCGCUUCAAAACCUUCACCCUAAGCCUCAUGUGCGCCACCUUUGCCGUCUUCGGUGCCCUCGUCAUGGUCGCCCUCGCCCAUACUCCAAAGGUGAACAACGAACUCCAUGCCAACAACUCGACCACCACCACCACCGCCACCGGCGGUGAUUUCUCCACCACAGCUGCUAUAAUUACCGGCACCGGAGUCACUGAGCAGGUCUCUACUCCCGUGGAGAAGGUCCCCCAUCAAGAGGAGGAGAAGGGUCAUGUCCUUCCCGAGGUAACCGCCCAGACCACAACCACUCUCUACACCGAUGACAACAACACGAUCGUCUUUACCACUUAUGAACCCAAGGUCUCGGUCGUUGUUGAGGGUGAUGCUGCGUCCGUCUAG